AGAUCACAUGAGCGGGCAUCCAUUUUUGACACAGCUGACAGCUAGUGGUCGAUAACUUAAUAAUUUUUGUUCGAAAUAAAUCUUGAAUUUAUUGAACAAAAUGAAGAUUUGCGGCCCCAAAUUGUCGCUAUGUGGUCUGGUUUUGAGUGUGUGGGGCAUCAUACAGUUGACUAUAAUGGGCGUCUUCUACUAUAUCAGAUCAGUAGCUCUGUUAGAAGACCUCCCUGAAGCGGAAGGAGGCCAUCACACCAUCGAAGACUUUAUUGCCACGGUUGAAGCUGGCUACACUCAGAAUGCCUACAACUGCUGGAUAGCUGCCCUCCUGUAUGUCAUCACCCUGGCCCUGUCUGCUCACCAGUUCUGGGCCAACAACCGCUCCUCAGUGAGCAUGUAAAUAACUAAAUGUGCUCCAAAUAUAUUGAGUGGCGAGUCACAAGUGCUGGUACCAACAUGUAAACCAAUUUAACAGAAUGAGUUUUAUAGCACUAAUUAAGAUGAUUUGUGUUGAAGGUGUGACUAUUGCAUAGUUCCAUUCCAUAAGUUAUUGAAUUGAUGAUCAGUCAUUAGUAUCUGACUUACUAUUUACUACUGCAGCAUCUAAUUUUAAUUAAGUAGUAAAUAUAUACUCAGAUACAGGCAAAGUUAUUGCUUAAAUAUAUCUCCAUUGUAUGUGUCCAGAGUAGGUAUGUGGAUUUCUAUUCUAGCUCUGUCUAUUGAAAAACGGCAUUUAACUUCCUCUACAUAUAAAGAUGCUACUCUGGUUAUCCACAUUCUUAGUCCCAAUUACAAUAAGUUAAAAUAUACUUUUAAGUAAAGAAAAUGAUUCUGCACAAUAUUAAUUACUAUUUUUAACAAAUAGACAUCUAUGUGUAACCAAAUCAGGUAAUCAUACUGCUUAUGUUUGAAAUAUUAAAUUUAAACUGUACAUAAAAUAUUGUAUAUUGAUUAGAUGUUUUUUUGAAGUAAAGUAUUAAUGUUA